UUUCUCUCACGGUAGGUGGUCGCCACACGCCCCAUAUACCCCACCCCCCACUCCCUCGCAAUUGCAAUUCUUCUUCCUCAAACGCAAUUUCUCAAACACAAAAAUUACAACUCACCAGUUGAGGCUUUUGGAUAGUUGAAUCCAUCGCAUUGGAAGUUGAAACAUGGAGUCUGAAAGACUGGCGGCACCUGCAGUUGAAAAGGGCACCACUCCUGCUGCGCCAUCACCAAAUGGAUCUGGGCUUGGCAUUGACAAGAAGAGUAAGGGGAAAGUGCCUAAAAGAGUUCACAAAGCUGAGAGAGAGAAGAUGAAGCGUGAGCAUUUAAAUGACCUCUUUCUUUCCUUGGCUAAUGCUUUAGAAAUGCCUGAACAAAUCAACGGAAAGGCCUCGAUAUUGAACGGAGCCAUUCAAAGUGUAAAGGAAUUAUUAGCGCAGAUUGAGCAGCUCCGAAGAGGAAAUGCAACUCUGUUGUCUGAGUCACAAUAUGUGAGCAUGGAGAAAACAGAGCUGCAAGACGAGAAUUGUGCUUUGGUGGAUCAAAUUGGCAAGCUGCAAAGUGAGAUCAAGGAGAGAAGAGUGGAGUUGAGUCUCGAUCUGAAUCUAGCUCCCCCUGAAUGUCAGCAACCAAGUACUUCAGAAACUGCAUUUCAAAUUACAAAUCCGGUAUAUGUUGUCCCCCAAGUAUACCCGCUCCCCGGUGCUGCACAACCUGCCCCUAUGCCACCUCCCGUGAGCAAACCCCUUCCUAGAUAUCCGACUCUAGCCGAUGCGUGGCCAUCUCAGAUUCUUGAAAAGCAAGGAGAUUUAGGAUUGUAGCAGGUAGAGGUAUCUCAAUACCUCGUAUACUCAAGCAGGCAUGUACAACAUUACUUUUCUCUUAACUUCUCACAGCAUUAUCUAUCUAUCUAUAUACUUACACACACAUAUUUCAGUAUAUUGAUAGAAUAUUCAACACACAAGUCUAAAUGAUAAUUGAGUAGGGGAUCAUUCUCUUAACAACAGUAGUGCUUGUGCUUAUUCCUUAUACUUGGUGAAUUUAAUUCAGUCUAUCUUAGCC